CAUAUUUCUUAAAAAUGGAAUAGAAAAAAGUUGUAGAUUGGUCAACUUGUCGGGACCGGGAGUAGUUAUUGUAUUUGUAAUAAAGAAAUCAAAUGAUAAGAACAAGAAUAUUAAUUAAUUAAUUAAAAUAAAUAAAAAAAGGGGGUUUAUUAUAUGCCGGCAACGUUGAAUUCAGGGGCCCGCUACCGUUACCGUCACCGUUACCGUCACAUUUCCCAGAUCCAGUACACCCUGCCAAAAUCACAGAUGCCCAGAAUUUAGAGAAAGCAGCAGAAAAAACAGUUACACACAUAAAACACAGAAACGAUUAUGGCUGCUUCCUAAUUACACAUCUAGUCAUCUUCUUUGUUACAACAUCGUAUUUCUUCACCACUGUCUGUAUCUCGAGUCACCAUCACCAAUUCAGCGUCUUAUCUCUCAGACUUGUUCACUACUUGACGCGCUCGUAUUGUAAUCUCAGCCCCACUCUCCGAUUUCCUCUGCGUAUGGGUGUAAAUGCAGACUAGGUAUAUGGAAAGAACAAACUCGAUGAAAGGGAGAGGGAAAAGAAGCUUAGAAGAAGGUGCUGCUGAUGAAGAACAACAAGAGCCAGAGAGGAAACGACCUGCUUUAGCUAGCGUUAUUGUGGAAGCUCUAAAGUUGGAUAGUCUCCAAAAGCUCUGCUCAUCGUUGGAACCAAUUCUUCGCAGAGUGGUUAGUGAAGAAGUCGAACGAGCUUUGGCUAAGUUGGGUCCUGCUAUGCUGAACGGGAGGUCAUCACCUAAACGGAUCGGAGGGCCAGACGGAAGAAACCUGCAGCUUCACUUCAAGUCGAGGCUUUCUCUUCCUCUGUUCACCGGUGGCAAAGUAGAGGGCGAACAAGGUGCCGCAAUUCACGUUGUACUGAUCGAUGCCAACACGGGCCACGCGGUAACUUCCGGCCCGGAAUCUUCCGUGAAGUUGGACAUUGUUGUUCUAGAAGGUGACUUCAAUAACGAAGAUGACGAAGGGUGGAACCAAGAAGAGUUCGAUAGCCAUGUUGUGAAAGAGAGAGAGGGAAAGAGACCUCUUUUGACGGGGGAUUUACAGGUGGCGCUCAAGGAAGGUGUUGGAACUGUCGGGGAUCUUACGUUUACGGAUAAUUCGAGCUGGAUAAGGAGCAGAAAGUUUCGACUUGGUUUGAAAGUUUCGUCGGGGUUCUGUGAAGGGGUACGCAUUCGUGAGGCAAAGACUGAAGCUUUUACUGUCAAAGAUCAUCGUGGGGAAUUGUACAAGAAACAUUAUCCACCUGCUUUGAGCGACGAAGUAUGGAGAUUGGAGAAAAUUGGGAAAGAUGGAUCAUUCCACAGAAGGCUUAAUAAUGCCGGGAUAUUUACUGUAGAGGACUUUCUUCGCCUUGUGGUCAGGGACUCUCCGAAGUUGAGGAGUAUACUGGGCAGUGGUAUGUCGAACAAGAUGUGGGAUGCACUGAUAGAACAUUCGAAGACCUGCGUUUUGAGUGGCAAGCUUUAUAUAUAUUACCAAGACGAAACGAGACAUAUAGGUGUUGCUUUUAAUAAUGUCUAUGAGCUGAGUGGUCUCAUCGCAAACGAUCAAUUCUAUCCAGCAGACUCACUUUCAGACAGCCAAAAGGUAUAUGUGGAUAAGUUGGUGAAAACAGCUUAUGAUAAUUGGAACCAAGUUGUCGAGUACGACGGGAAAUCACUUUUGAAUUCCAAGCAAAUCAAGAAGUCCCGAGAAGAUAUUCCUGUGGGCCCCACCAUCAAUUAUCCGAAUUCUUUAGAUAUUCAGAUCCCGCACAGAUUGUCCGUUUCAAUUCCCUCCGAGCCGUCAAUGGAUCAAAGUGUUCUAAGUGGAGAUUCAGGAGGUUAUACAGACAAUAUAUCUGCAAGUUAUCUCACACAGUCCCACUCCCAGUUCGACACAGUCUCGUUUACUCACCACGAAGUCAACCCACACAACCAAUUCCAAAGUCAAACGUACAGCGAAAAAGUCAACCUCGCCCUGGCCCCACCUCAAUCAUCACCCCAAUCAUCAUUCCAACACGGCAACUCUUCUUCAUCCUCCGUUUCCUCUCUCCAUCAUCAAUCCAAUAAUGUCAACCCGUUCUUGUCCGAGGAAUGGCCCACAAAUCGAGACGACAACAACAAGGGGGGAAUCGAUUUCUUGUCUGAAGAAGAUAUUCGUCUGAGAAGCCACGAAAUACUCGAGAACGAAGACAUGCAGCACUUGCUCCGCCUCUUCAGCAUGGGGGGCAACGUCCCCCCUGUUGAGGAUUCCUUUAGUUUCCCUUCUUCCUCGUCUUCUUACAUGACUGCCCCUUCACCGGACUACAGGGGGGCCCGCUCAGGGAAGGCUGUUGUCGGGUGGCUCAAGAUUAAAGCUGCUAUGAGAUGGGGAAUUUUUAUUAGGAAGAAAGCUGCUGAAAGGCGCGCCCAGAUUGUCGAAUUAGAUGAUGACUAGAAUUUUUUUUUUCUUUCCCGAAUCGGAAAAAAGAAAAACAAAAUAUUUUUCUGUAUCGGAAAUUGAUGAUUCUGUUGUAGUUUUUUUAUUUUUUAUUUCUUGUACAGUGAGUGGUUUUGCUUACGAACACUUGUUAUUUACUUCGUUGUUAUGUGAUUCGAUGACAUUAGAAGUGCUUUGCGUUUGUAAAAGUAGUUCAAAAAGUUAGAUUAGGAGACACUCGUUACAUUUUUAACCGUGUUGAAUUUGAUACUUGAUGUUUCAAUGGUAUUUGUUCUUUGUUUUACUUU